AUGCACCGUAUCUUUCUGGUCUUGGCAUUGAUGGUUGUGGAAGAGGUGGCGGGCAGUGCCUGCAUUAAUGGAGCAGAAUCCAAUGGACGUAAGUUAGCUGACCUAUAGAGGCAAAAAUUUUAUACGGGCAUUCUUGAAAUGCUGCUUGCAUCAAUGUCAAACGAAGGCACGGGGCCGAUUUUUUGCAAAAAUAUUUUACGUUAGAGCCCCAGAAAUGUCAAAAAUAAAACGUCCUGGGAAGGCUUGGCCUUCCAAGUUGUUUAACGACCCUCGCCUUGAACGUUCUUUCCCAAAAAAAGCUGUUGAAUAUGCUGUACAUAAAGCUUACAGCAGCGAAAGUACUUCAAGCCCGACGCUCAGAUUCUGACAAAACUUUUCACAAGUUUAGAGUCUGAAAGUCUACGGACUGCUAGCCCCGCGCUUUGCAAAAACGACCGAGAUUUUUAUGGCACCUUUUGCGAAAUUUGGCAUGAAAAAAUUCAUGUCUAUUGCUACUGUGGAAGGAAAUGUUUCAAAAAAAAUCAACCUGUAUGUCCCGAAAUUAGCAAAGUUAGGGUCAGUAUAAUAUUUAUUUGGCGGAUGCACUAUGUAUUUGCAUAGUAAAAAAAACGUUGCACUUGGAAGCCUUCCCUUGUUAAUUUUAAAACUCUGAGUCACUCUUACUAAACCAUAUGCUCACUUAAAUCCUUCAAAAAUCGUGUUUAACCCCAACAUUUCCAGCUUGUAUAUCGGGAAAAUGCUUGUCCGGCUAUGAGUGCCUUAACAGUGUGUGUUGUGCUCAAGCGCUAGACGCCCAGCAAGCAGACGUUCAAGACGAUGACGCCGCCACCACACCCACCACACCAACAACGCCCACCACCGUUUCCAGCACAUUCAAUCCGUUGUGUGUGGAUGGCGCUAUCAAUUGCGGGAUGUUUGUUGCUUACUGUGCCUUCAACGAUUACUUACUCUGUAUGAUUCAGCAUUGCGGCAGGACCUGCGGCUUCUGUGCCAAGGGAUAA